AUGUCUGUUUACGGUCGGGCAACGCACAGUAGCUUCUCAGCUCCCCGGCCUUUCAGUCUCGGCUCUGGUUCUCCUACCUCGGCGGGCUCUGGCUCUCUCAGCUUCAUUCCACCUCGUCAGUUGCUCGGUGCUGUGCCCUGUGAAACCGAACGUGCACGAUCAAUCUCUCGGGCCACAGAUCGCUCUAUCUCAUCUGGGUUCAUGAGCGCGGAUAGCUACAUGGUCACCCAGCUCCACGAAGAAGUCGGUGUCUUACGAGAGGAGAUCUCUCGUCUUUCACGGGAGCGAGAUGAGGCAGGUACUGAAUCCAGGACUUUACGGGAGUGCUAUGGUGCUCUAGUACAGAAGAUUUCAUCCAAGCUCUCCGACAUCACUCCUACCUAUGGCGAGAACAUCGACGUUGGCAUCUUCUACGAGGCUCCUUCCCCCGAGUUCAAACGUCAGCACCACGGCGUUCAUUGGUGGGAACAAGAUACCUUCGUCGCAUGGGACAAAUCAUCCGACAAACAACUCGAGAAGGAUCGCGGAACACUGGGUUACCUCGAAAAAUCGAACGGCGAGCCCCUCACCCACGACGAAUCAAAGCGGCUACGCGACCAAGUCCGCUCCUUUUGGCACGGUCUCGCCGAGCAGAAGAAGUUGUCCCUCAAGUGGGCUCAGACAUCUCUCCAUGGACUGUACCUUACAGCGAAGUUUCUUCGAGACAACUACGAGGUCUUCCGUCUCUGCGACUACAACUGGAAAGUCGAGCAUUUCUGCACUACGGAGUUCCCGGAGUAUAGGCGGUGGCAUUUAGACGAUGAGGGCAACAGGAAACACAAGGAGAGUUCUAACGCUACGCCAGUGGAACAGAGCGAGAGUGCGAAGCGUCCGAAGGUGUCAAUUCAAGAGCAAAGACAGUGUCACUCAGCACUCACCAAGGAGGAGAUGGCCGACCUCUAUUUGAUGGAUCAGACGCCGGCGUGCGAGGCACUACACGGACACGCUGUUUCCAUCGACGCCAAGGCAACGAGCUCGGCUUCCCCUCACCCUGCGAGCGCUUCUCAUGCCUCUCCCUUGUCUGCGCCAAUGGCAUCGGGCUCUCAACCUAUCGCAUUGGCUCCCACCCAAUCUCUCGCGAACAUCCCUCAAGGCGUCGCUCUUCCUGGGGAUCCUACUGUCCAUCCGACGCACGCCGGUUCUCACCACCAGGUUCUUCCACCUCCUCCGCCGCCACCCACGGGCCCAGCUGACACAUCACGCCAUGCCUCGACGGCGCCUGCUCAAGGCGUCGCUCUUCCUGGGGACUCUACUGUACAGCCUGCAACGCACGCCGGCUCUCACUACCAGGUCCUUCCAGCUCCUACACCGUCACCCACGGGCCCAGCUGACAUGUCACGCCCCACCUCGACGGCGCCUGCUCAGGGCGUCACUCCGCCUGGGGCUUCUACUGUACCAACGAUGCACGCCGGCUUUUACCACCAGGUUCAUACAGCUCUGACGCAGUCGCCCGCAGCCCUAGUUGACAUGAUACACAACGCCUCGACCGCGCGUCCCCAACAUCCUAUCGGACCUCCUAUGGGCUCAUUGUUCAGCAGUUUGCCUGGAAUGUAUGCUCCUGCUUUUUCUUACGGAGCGUUAGGGUCCUCUGUGGGGCCAUCUCAGUAUCCAGGAGCAUACUACGGAUCUCACCAGCAGGUACUGACGCCUAUGGCUCAUCUGGCUCCUUGCGAGACCCCUCGGGCAAUGUCCAUUGCUCCAAGUUCGACGCCUGCGCCUUCGCAGGCUCCUUGGGCCAGACCGACGCCGGAGAAGCACGUAGGUACAGAUGCAGUCGCAACACCGCCUACUCCGACAGAUGCAGCGCCCAUGGGCCCACCUCAAGCGCCGACUUCUUCUUCAACAACUGGUUCAGGUACAGGGGCAAGGAACGCUUUACGCUCUCUUCGCUCGCGCAAUAUGGAGACUACUACUAGCGUCCCUAUAAAGAAAGGGUAUCGCCCAGGACCCAAACUCAAUGGCCGGACUCUAGCUGGGUGGAGGUGGACCACUCGUCAAGACCAAAGCAAGGUCGACAAAACCGACUUUGCGAAUUGGUACGAAAAAUUCUUGACGGAGGAGCAGCGUCGGGCGAGUAAAUACGACGAGGAGGUACAAAGACUGAUGAGGGAAGAACCCUCGCGCAGGUCACUCAAGGACGUCGCCAUCGGUGACCUUUACUAGGCUAUUCUUCAAUCGAUCGCCCUCGUGCUCUGGCUCUCUCACUGUCUGACCCCUCGAAGUGCUUUCCUUGCAGACUCUCGCUCCAUUUGCCGUCACGCGUGUUCUCCUCGUGCUAUCGUUUGCUCUCACUGUGCUCGCUGGACUUAGUCGAUUUCCAUGCCGUGUAUUAUAAUUAGACACGCUUUGUAAAGCAGUGCC